UGAAAGAAGCGAAAAAACGAUAUUUGUUAUUAAAGAAAUCUACUAUCGUAAUCCAAACAAGGUAUAGGGCUUUACGUGAGAUGAGAAUGAUUCGUAAACAAUAUUUAAGAAAAAAGGCUGCUAUUAUUCUAUUACAAAGAAAAUUCAGAGCUCAUUGCCUAAUGAGACAAGCAACAAAAGAUUUUGUUGCUAAAAAAACUGCCUGUAUCACUAUUCAGAAGUUUUACAGAGCAUAUAAACAGGGCUCGCAACAACGUAAACUCUAUCUGGAAUUAAGAAACGCUGCAACUGUUAUACAACGCAGAUAUAGAGACUUAAUUUUAAUGAGGAAAGAGAGAACUAUUUUCCUUACAAUUAAAUCGGCAGUUAUCGUUAUUCAAAAUACUUAUAGGGCUUACAAACUAAUGGUUAAGCAAAGAAAUAUUUAUCAAAAUCAACGCAAAGCCUGUUUACAAAUUCAAAUGGCAUAUAGGGCCUAUGUUGAAGGUAGAAAAGAAAAAUCAAAAUAUACCCAGUUAAAGUCAGCUGUUAUAUUGAUACAAAACUGGUAUAGAUCUACCAUAGAAACUAAAAAACUUCGCAAGGAAUAUUUACAAUUGCGAAGAGCUACUAUAUUUGUACAGCGCCAUAUAAGGGAAAGACGGUUAGCUCGAAAGAAAACUCUGGUACAAAUUCAAGCCAUUACAACAAUAACAAAUUGGUACAGUACUAUAAAAGAACGCAGACGGUUCUUAGAAUUUAGAAGAAAAGUAGUUAUUAUGCAAUCAGUCUUCCGUAUGUUAGUUGUUCGCAAUCACUACUUGAAAAUAAGGAAUGCGACAGUAAAAAUACAAAGAUAUUACAGAUCUUAUUUAUUAACGAAGAACUCAAGGACUCAAUUCCUCGAAGUUAAAGCUAAUAUAACAAAGUUGCAAGCACAUGUUCGAUGUUUUAUAGAGAAGAGAAAAUAUCAACGACUCAAGGCGUCUGUCAUAGCUAUUCAGUGCGCUUAUAGACUUAAAAGAACUAGAGAUCAAAUCCUUAAAAAUAAAAGAGAAAAGGCUGCUUUGUGUAUACAAAAGAACGUACGUAAAUAUCUUGUACAGAGGACUUACAAACGAUACUAUGAAAAGUUAGUAUUCAUACAGAGAUUGUGGAGAGGAAAACUUUUAACGCGUGAUAUACAUUUCGAGUAUAUGCACAAAAGGAAGACAAUAAUAAAAUUACAAGCACACAUGAGGGGGUACUUGGUAAGGAAGGAAGUAAAAAACAAAAGAGAGAAUUUAUUAAAACUACGAGAACAGAAAAGGCAAGACUGGGCUGCAGCAAAAAUUCAAGCUCUAUUUCGCGGACACAGAGUGCGCGUUGCUAAUGAUGCAAGAAUUCUAGAAUGGCGAAGGAGAUGGCGCGAUGAUAAAGUUCAUUCUACUCAGAGGUCACUUGGGGAAAGAAAUGAAGAAGCCAUGGAUGUUCUUCGAAACAUGUCCGAUAUAGAGACUGUAAUAAGAGCAUUCCGAUCUCUUGAGCUAUUAACAGAGGUGUUCCCGAUGAUGUAUAACUCAAACGCAGCUUCAAUAGUGCGUCGCGUAUAUGUGUACAUGUCUGUAACAAACAGAUCUAUUUCUAGUAUUGAAGUGUUGAAGUCGGCUGCUUCCGUUUUGGUCAACCUGACUAGGUAUAAGAUAACUGGACCUAAGAUAUAUGCGAGAGACCGCAUACCGCCUGUGUUGAAAUUCAUGUGGCGAUUUAGCAACAGUGAGACGCACUUAUUCUGCAUACUAGCUACUUACUUAUGGCUUUUCGCCAAAUAUGAUGAAAUUAAAAAGGAUUUGAAGGAUUAUCUGCACGAAGCAGAAAAUCAUAAAAUAAUGGUGGCAAUUAAAGGCAACGUAGAUAGGAUGAAGAGAAUGGUAACUAACUCGGCGCGGCACAGACUGAGCACGCCACAGUCCAGCCGUUUUGUCUCUCACACGAACCAAUCGGCGCGAGACAUCGGCAAUGUUAGUGUUUGCAGUAAUUCUAGCAAUAGCAGUAACCCCGAUUUGCUACUGCCAGCGUUGGACCCCGACUACGGAAUCUCGCGAGCUGACAAGCCUCGAUACUUUGAGGAUGCCCAACAAGCGAUUAACUGUCUCUUCCAUGUUUUUGAGUUGUAAUUGUAUGUUUUUAUUGUAUUAAUAAUGUAUUGAGAUGUGUCUGAUUGAGAACACUUAAAUUGGUAUACCCAUUUAAGUUUUCUCAUUGGGUAAUAAUUAUUGAAAUGAAAGAUCUAUAGGUUAAAAGUAGAAUAAAUAUUUAAAUAAUAUAUUAAUUUGAAAAAUAUGAGGUUAAUCCUUAUAUUUUGCAAAUUAAGAUAUAUCCCAUACCUAUUGCCAUAUCUACCCUAGUAUUUAAUAGUAAAAAAAUCUGUUUGUAUCACUUGUUUUCUCUUUGCGUGUAAUUUUUAUUUAUUUGAUGAAUUUUAUACUCCACUCUCAAAGACAAAUCUCAACACAUCUUUUUAUUGCUGUAAUAAUUUAAUCUUGACAUAAUCAUGUUAUUUUUAAUGUUAACUCUCGCUUUGUAAGUAAAGUGAUUGUAUGUUUAAUUUAAUAAAAUAUAAUAUAUU